AUGAAGCAGCGAUCCCUCUCUCAUUUUGCCAGCCUUCUCCUUGUGGCCCAGCUGUUUCCAGGAAUGUCCAGAGCCCCAUUUGUAAACCACUCAGGCACUGAGGCUCCCAGAGGACCCACUGAAGGAUCUCCUGGACGAGGAACAAACGGGUCUCACUUGUUAUACCACCUAGUCAAACGCAGCCACUUACCACCACCGCGCACUCCCCCUUUUCAGGGAGAUGUUCCACCUGGAAUUAGGAAUACUAUCUGCCUUAUGCAACACGGGACCUGCAGACUUUUUUUCUGCCGUUCUGGUGAAAAAAAAGGUGACAUUUGCUCUGAUCCCUGGAACAGGUGCUGCAUACAAAAUAUAGGGGAAGAAGACAAAGAGAAAGCAGAGAAGGAUGGCAGAUCUGGGAUCUAAAUGUAAGCUCCCAGAAGGCAGAGAUCUUGAAGUAUCCCAAGGGCUUAAAAGAAUGUGUGACUUAUGGUAGGUGUGCAAUAAAUAUUUGUUGAAUGAAUAUAGCACCA